CACAGACACCCAUAAUCAAAAAAUUAUGGUAUGCUCUCAUUUCUUAACGAAGAAAUGAGUUUAUCCACAACUUUUUAGGCCUUUAAUUAAAUAGUAGUACUAGAAAUUUCCAUCACGAUCGUCCUUCUCCAUUAAUGGCUGCCUUUCCCUCACAUUAUUGAUCCCCUAAAUAACCUGAGAAUUGCGGCCCAAAACCCUCUUCUCCAUUGCCGAUCAGCAUUCCGGUUUUCUUUGAUUAUCAGCUUUGGUAUAUUGUUGUUUAAGGGAUUGCUAGAUGAACCCAUUUUGAGCACUGAACCCAAGGUUUAUGCUCCUUCCUCUUUUUUGUUCUUUUCGGUUUUUUCAUUUGCUAUUUUGCUUAUUAAAUAAGUUUUCCUGUAGCAUUUUUUGUCUUUUCGUUUGUAUUGUUGUGCCAUUAAUUGGUGUUUCUCUUGCAUUCCGGUGUGUGAAAUUAUUGAUUUUGUUAGUUAGAUUUUUUAUCGUAUGAGUCAAUUUGUAUUAACCUUGAUUGGUAGUGUUCUUAUGAUCAAACCUGUGUCUCUUCUAUUUGAAAAUUGAAGCCAGACAAUAUGGUUGCUUGGUUUUGUUUCGUUUCAUUGUUCAUUUGAUUUUCAGGGUACUAAUUCUGGCCUGCUUUUUCAUUAAUUGACAGACAGGUAUUUGCUUCUACUGGUACAGAGAAAGAAAGGAUAUUAGAGGUAUACCAAUUGUUCCUAGGUUGAUAUUGUUCUCGAUUUCAUACGAUGGUCUUCCAGGCGAAGAAGUUGAGUGAAUUGUAUGCUAACGGCAUGAAUUCCAGUGCAGAGGAUGUGAUAGAUGCUGUUUUCCCUCUGUUAAAACUCCUAACUCUUACUUUAUUUGGAUCAGUUUUAGCUCAUAAGAGCACCCAAGUGAUUCCAAAAGCAACGUUCAGGCUACUUAGUAAGCUAGUUUUUGCCCUUUUCCUCCCAUGUUUAAUCUUUACUCAUUUGGGGAAAUCCAUUAGCCUUGAGAACUUUUUGAGAUGGUGGUUUAUCCCAGUCAAUGUGAUCAUUAGCACAAUGGUUGGUUGUAUCUUGGGGAUUCUUGUUGUGAUCAUAUGUCGCCCACCACCAGAACUCACUAGAUUCACUAUUAUUAUGACUUCCUUUGGUAAUACUGGGAAUCUUCCCAUUGCAAUAGUUGGUACUGUUUGUCAUAAUAGGGAUAAUCCAUUUGGAAAUGAUUGCCGUCAUAGAGGGGUUUCAUACGUCUCUUUUGCUCAGUGGGUGGCUGUGAUUCUAGUCUACACUUUUGUCUAUCAUAUGAUGGAACCCCCAGUGCAGUACUAUGAGGUUGUUGAAGAAGGGGAUGCAAGUGAUGAGCCAUCACUAGAAGGUGAUAUUAGUAGACCUCUUCUAGUAGAAGCUGAAUGGCCUGGCAUUGAGGACAAAGGGACUGAAGAGUCCAAGAUGCCCAUUAUUGCUAAUGUUUUCAACAGCAUGUCAAAUAUACCACAGAUGCCUCUUUCUGACGUUGAAAAUGCAAUGGAAGGGACUACAAAUAGUCCCAGGUCCAUUAAGUGUUUAGCUGCUCCUAAAGUUGUUAGGAAGAUCAAAGUUGUUGCUGAAAGAACCCCAAUACGACGCAUACUUCAACCUCCUACAAUUGCUUCUUUGCUUGCCAUAGUAAUUGGCAUGGUCCCUCAGGCGAAGGCGUUUUUCUUUGGAACUGAUGCUCCUCUGUUUUUUGUAACGGACAGUUUGGAGAUCUUAGCUCGUGCAAUGGUUCCUUCUGUCAUGCUUAUUCUUGGGGGUAUGCUUGCCGAGGGUCCUUACAAAUCUGAGCUUGGGCUGCGUACCAUGGUUGGCAUUACGGUGGCAAGGCUGUUGAUACUCCCCCUAUUUGGGAUUGGGAUUGUGGCUCUGGCUGAUAAGUUACAUCUUCUUGUUGCUGGUGAUAAAAUGUUUAGAUUUGUGCUAUUGUUGCAAUAUACAACACCAAGUGCAAUCUUGCUAGGAGCAAUUGCCAGCUUGAGAGGUUAUGCUGUCAGUGAGUCCUCAGCACUUCUCUUCUGGCAGCAUUUAUUUGCCUUAUUCACCCUUUCGUUGUAUAUCAUCGUGUACUUCAAAAUUUUGUAACAUGUUUGAGGUUGAGGAUUCAAUUUGAAAACCUUGGAAUGCUAUAGUCAGCAUGCGCAUUCUUGAUUCGUUUAAGCUAUUAGCUCUGGCAUGCUUUCAGCAUUCAAAUGCAAGUGCAGUGGGAGUAGUUGUAUACUUGUCCCAUGUCCUCUCAAAUUUUGUUUCUUCUGUGUGUCUGAGAUUGAAAAUAAUGGUUACAAUGUAUGAGCGAAGCUAGUCUGCGUGUUCUUGUUAUUCAGAACCAUGAUGAACUUCACAUUUAGUAUUCUGUGGUGAUUAGAACUCAAUUGCCUG